AUGUCGCGGGUAAUGAGGAGCGUUAGGAAUGUCACAAAGGGCUAUUCCAGCACUCAGAUCAAGGUCCGAGAAGCGACGAGCAAUGAUCCAUGGGGUCCGACAGGCACGCAAAUGAGCGAGAUCGCUCAGAUGACUUUCAACACAUCUAGCGAUUUCUACGAUAUCAUGGAUAUGCUCGAUAAGCGCCUGAACGACAAGGGCAAGAACUGGCGACACGUCCUGAAAGCUCUAAAGGUGCUCGAUUACUGUUUGCAUGAGGGAUCGGAAUUGGUAGUGAGCUGGGCUCGCCAAAGCAUCUACAUCAUCAAAACCCUACGCGAGUUCCAGUACGUGGACGAGGAGGGUCGCGAUGUUGGCCAGAAUGUCCGCAUUGCCGCCAAGGAAAUCACUUCUUUAAUCCUCGACGAGGAGCGCCUACGUGCGGAGAGAAGUGACCGAAAAUCAUGGAAGUCACGCGUCACUGGACUCGAAGAAUUCCCCCCUGCAGGCAUGGAAGAUACCGCCUCAGGCCCAAGCCGCGAUCGCCGCGGUCAGCGUGAGAGGAGACCGAACAACGAAGAGGAAGACGCAGAGUACAAGCUUGCGCUCGAGGCGAGCAAAUACCAGGAAGAAGAAGAUCGCAAGAAGAGAGAAGGUCGCACUCAGGUGGGCGACGUUGAUGACGAUCUGGCCAAAGCUAUCAAGCUGAGCAAGGAAGAGGAGGAGCAUCGCCGCCGAGAGCUUGAGGCAAGCAAUGCAGCCUCCUUGUUUGACGACUCGCCAGCCCAGGCUGCCCAGCCAAGUUAUACUGGAUUCAACGAGGGUUACCAACAGGGAAACCAAGUUGAUUGGUUCGCGAACCCGGUAGACCAGAACCAAAGCCAGAACCAGAUGCAGACUCAACCAACUGGUUUUAUGUCCAACGCUUAUACGGGCUAUCAACAACCUCAGGCUACAGGCUUCCAGAAUACAUUCAGUACUCCAUUCGGCACUCAACCUACUGGCGCGAACCCUUAUGGCCAGCAGCAGCAGGGCUUCCAGCCCCAGCCUACCGGGUACAAUCCCUACGGCCAGCAGCCACAGGCACUCCAGCAGCAGCCGACAAUGCUCCAGUCUCCUGUUGAUGGAACUGGGCCCUCAGCAGGCACGAACAAUCCAUGGGCGACAAAUAAUAGUAACGACCACGCCGCGGCCAUGAAGCCGACACCAACUGGUUCUAAUAACCCGUUCGCGCAAUUCAACCGGCCAUCUUCCGCUCAGCCGACCAUAAAUAGUCUGGGAGCUGUGCCAGAGCAGAAGACUCUGGCGUCUUUCCAAUCCCAGCCUGGACAACUGCAACCACAGAGCUCAUUUGGCCAGCAACCUCAGCUCCAACAACAGCCCUCCUUUGGCCAGCAGCAGCAGCCCCAAUUCAACAAUCCGCAGCAGAAGGAGCUCAAUGAGCACGAGUCAAAGCUCAACUCUCUGCUCGCUACAGGCGACGGAAUGGACACAUACGGAAACACUGGACAGAUGCGCAUUCCGGCACAGCACACCGCCCCCGGAACCUUUGUCAACAGUGCAGGCUCUGGCAUCAAUCGCCUUCAAGCAGAGCAGACCGGCAACAACCCUUUCUUGCGACAGCAGUUCACUGGCAUGCCGUCUGUCAGCUACGGCAACCAGCCUCACCCCCCUAUGCCCGCACUUCCCGCUGGCAUGAAUGGCCAAGGGACUAACAACCCCUUUGGCCAGCAACAGCAGCCUGGACAGCAGCAGAACCAGGACCUCAUUCAAUUUUAA